UGGAGAGAGGGGGGGAGAGACUUUGCAAGAAGUAGUUACAUAUAUAUUUUUUUGCACAAAUCUCUUGUUUUCUACCCGUUUAUUUUGAUAUUCUGCAGAUCUUGGGGAAAGGGAAAUUCAGGAGGAGGAGGGGGGAAUCUACAGAUUGUCAACAUUCUAUUCUAUCGACAUAAGGAUUUUCCCCUCUCGUGUGGGGUGAAGACAUUUUUAAGUGAUCAAGUCUUUUAGGAUCAUGCACUGGGCCCCAUAGAAGAAUUUACACAUGCAUUCUCCAGCCGUGAUCAUCACAGCUCUGCAUUGUUGAUGGUGUGGAUAGUUCAUAUUAAUCAACGUAAAGGAAGUGUUCUUUCUCACACCCUGCUACAUUUGAAGUGGAAAGGGAAUUAAAAAAAACAACAACAAACAACUGGAGUAUUUUUGCCCUUUUUCCUCCCUGCCACAACAUUCAGGAAGUGAUUUUUUUGUGUGUGCACAUUUUGGAUUAUUAUGUUUUAAGAACAUUUUUCCUGUAUUCACUGAGAAGGAAAUAAUAGCACAAAACAAAAUCCUUAAUAUUUAUUUGACCAAGUGUCUCUGUAGAGAAAAGGAUUUGAGGAUCCUGUUCGAAUAAAGAAAUCAGGAUAUUGACAGACAUUAUUUUAUUAAGCAAUAUUACUCGAGUAAAAACAGUGGAAGCUGUUGAGAUUAUUUAAAAAAGGGAUAUUUACCCAUAGUUUUUUUAAAAAUAUAUUUCCUAAUCCGAAGCUGCUUUCGUAAGUAAACAUGUUGUCCCCGUUUCUGAGCUGUCCGGAUCACAUAAUUAAAUAAUAAUUAUUUUUUAUUAUAUUUGUACGAUUUGCUUUACCCGGUUUAUUGGAAGGAACCCUUAAAUUUCUACUGUGAUCACCCAAGAUCCUUACAACCACAGCGGUAGACCUCAGAGCUUGGUAUGGGACAAGGUGUAAUGGGGGGUGAGGGGCACCCCAAUAAUAACCCCAAUACUAAAGUGGUCUGGAAAAUCCUGGGAAUAUUCACCAUCAUUUUCGUAGUUCUUUGUGGCCAAAGCAAUGGGAAAAUUUGCAACAGUAUGGAUAUCCGGAAUAAUAUAACUCAGUUCAGUAUGCUGAAGGACUGCACAGUGAUCGAAGGUCAUCUCCAGAUACUGCUUAUGUUCAAAACCAAACCGGAGGACUUCCAAGGAAUGAGUUUUCCUAACCUUACAUUAAUUACCGACUACCUCCUUCUCUUCCGUGUCUAUGGUCUUGAGAGUCUGAAGGACCUCUUUCCCAACCUCAUAGUCAUCCGUGGUACACGCCUGUUCUUCAACUACGCCCUGGUCAUCUUUGAGAUGGUACAUCUGCGUGAAAUUGGACUUUACAAUCUGAUGAAUAUCAAACGGGGAUCAGUUAGAAUUGAGAAGAACAAUGAGCUGUGUUACCUCAACACUAUUGACUGGUCUUUGAUUCUCGAGUCAGUGCAGGACAACUAUAUCGGCCUUAACAAGGAUAAUAAGGAGGAAUGUGGAGAUGUGUGUCCUGGAGCUGUAAAGGGCAAGAGCAAGUGUCAAGCUACAGUUGUUGCUGAUAUUUUUGCCGAACGGUGCUGGACUCAGGAUCACUGCCAAAAAGUGUGCCCUCCUGAAUGUAAGUGGCGAGGAUGUACAUCAGACAAGCAAUGCUGCCAUAAAGAAUGCCUGGGGAGCUGCCGCAAGCCGGAUGACCCAGCACAGUGUGCAGCAUGCUUGCAUUUUAUGUAUGAAGGAGUAUGCGUGGAGUCCUGCCCACCGGGGUCCUACAGCUUUCAGGGCUGGCGCUGUGUGAACUUUAGCCUCUGCCAGGAACUACAUAAUAAGUGCAGAAAUUCACGGGACAGCUCCUGCCCCCAAUAUGUUAUCCACAAGGGAGAGUGCAUGCCAGAGUGCCCUUCUGGCUACAUCACUAAUGCCACCACUCUGACCUGUACUCCCUGUGAAGGACCUUGCCCCAAAGUCUGUACAAUAUUCCAGCAAGUGAAGACUAUUGAUUCUGUGACAUCUGCUCAAGAAUUGAGAGGUUGCACGGUGAUUAAUGGGAGUCUGAUCAUCAACAUCCGCGGAGGCAACAACAUUGCAGUGGAGCUAGAAGCCAACCUGGGUUUAAUAGAAGAAAUAACUGGAUACCUUAAGAUCCGCAGAUCCUAUGCUUUGGUAUCUCUGUCUUUCUUCCGUAAACUGCGUUUAAUCAGGGGAGACGUUCUGGAGGCAGGAAAUUAUUCUUUCUAUGCCCUUGAUAACCCAAACCUGCGCCAGCUGUGGGAUUGGAUGAAGCACAAUCUGACUAUUUCUCAUGGAAAACUCUUUUUUCAUUACAACCCACGGCUGUGUCUGGCUGAGAUUCAUCUCAUGGAGGAGAUUUCUGGAGCCAAGGGCCGUCAGGAUAAGAAUGACAUAGCCACAAAAACUAAUGGGGACCAGGCUUCCUGUGAGGAUGAUGUACUUAACUUCAGUCAAAUAAAGACCUCACAUGAUAAGGUUGUGUUAAAGUGGGAUGCAUAUUGGCCACCUGACUUCAGAGACCUUUUGGGGUUCAUGGUGCAUUUUAAGGAAGCCCCCUACCGGAAUGUGACUGAAUUUGAGGGUCAAGAUGCCUGUGGCUCCAACAGUUGGACGGUUGUGGAUGUGGACCCUCCUGCACGCUCCACUGAUGGGAAGACACAAGCUCAGCCUGGGUUGCUGCUCCGUGGCUUGAAACCUUGGACACAGUAUGCAGUGUUUGUAAAGACACUCGUCUCAGGGUCUGGGUCAGAUGAGAGGAGAACAUACGGUGCAAAAAGUGAAAUCAUCUAUUUUCGGACCGAGGAAUUUACUCCAUCUGUCCCCCUGGAUCCUGUUUCUGUGUCAAAAUCACCAUCACAGAUAAUUCUGAAUUGGAAACCUCCAUCUGAACCUAAUGGGAAUAUAACCCAUUACAGGGUGUUUUGGCAGGAACAACCGGAAGAUAAGGAACUGUCUGACCUUGAUUACUGCAAUAAGGCUCUAAAGCUGCCCUCCAGGACCUGGACCCCUCCCCAAGAACAUGAUGAUCCAACAAAACCCAAUAAAAACGAGACAGGUGAUGCCAAUGCAAAGUGUUGCUCUUGUCCUAAGAGUGAAUCCCAGAUCCAAAAAGAACAGGAAGAAACCGCUUUCCGAAAAACAUUUGAGAAUUAUCUGCACAAUGAAGUUUUCAUUCCCAGGUCUUUACGGAAACGGCGUGACCUAUUUGGCAUUGCUAAUGGCACUUUUCCAGACCAAACCACUACCCCACCUCUUUCCAACUCUUCCUCCACCAACUUGUCUGAGAACACAGAGUUUAAAAAACUAUCAACAAAUGUUUAUUCCAAGGAGUCCCUGGUCAUUUCUGGGCUGAAGCACUUUACUGCUUACCGCAUUGAGAUUGAAGCCUGCAAUCGAGCAAAUCAGAAGAACUGUGGAGUGGCAGCUUAUGUCAGCGCUAGGACAAUUCCAGAGCUCAAGGCCGAUAACAUUGUGGGCCCAAUUCUACAUGAAAUCACAAAUCAAGAAAUCCAGCUGACAUGGAGUGAGCCAAAAAACCCCAAUGGGUUAAUCAUUCUGUAUGAGGUGCAUUGCACACGAAUUGGAGAAACAGAGGAGACGCCCCAAUGCAUAUCUCAGAAGCAGUAUGCAAUGGAUGGGGGAAUGAAGCUUCGGGUAUCCAAGCCUGGAAACUAUAGCGUCAAAAUCAGGGCUACCUCACUAGCAGGGAAUGGGUCCUGGACAGAGCCCACGUACGUUUUAGUGCCGGAUAUAGACAACAAUUACUAUACGGUGAACAUUGUUGUGGGCAUUGCCGUUGCUGUGAUUGCAGUCAUCGUUUCUGUAUUGUGUUGUAUCAUUUUGUAUAUGAAAAAAAAAAAUGCAGAAGGACCCACAGGACCACUGUAUGCUUCCUCUAACCCUGAAUAUUUGAGUGCAAGUGAUGUGUAUGUCCCGGAUGAAUGGGAAGUGCCCCGUGAAAAAAUCAAUCUGCUUCGGGAACUGGGGCAAGGCUCUUUCGGAAUGGUAUACGAGGGAAUUGCCAAAGACAUUAUAAAAGGAGAGGCUGAGUUGCGUGUGGCUGUAAAAACGGUCAAUGAGUCAGCCAGUGUGCGGGAGAGGAUAGAGUUCCUUAAUGAAGCUUCUGUCAUGAAAGGGUUCAUCUGUCACCACGUGGUGCGACUGCUAGGCGUGGUAUCUAAAGGCCAGCCCACACUGGUCGUCAUGGAGUUAAUGGGUCAUGGCGAUCUUAAGAGUUAUCUUCGCUCACUGCGGCCUGAUGCAGAGAAUAAUCCAGGCCGCCCUGCACCUACCCUGCAAGAGAUGAUCCAAAUGGCAGCAGAGAUCUCUGAUGGUAUGGCAUAUCUUAACGCUAAAAAGUUUGUACACAGAGACUUGGCUGCCCGUAAUUGUAUGGUGGCUGAGGAUUUUACUGUGAAGAUUGGAGAUUUUGGGAUGACCCGAGAUAUCUAUGAGACAGAUUAUUACCGGAAGGGGGGGAAAGGAUUACUCCCUGUGAGGUGGAUGUCCCCAGAAUCCUUGAAGGAUGGAGUAUUCACUGCUUUUUCUGAUGUAUGGUCCUUUGGAGUUGUGCUGUGGGAGAUAACAAGUUUAGCUGAGCAACCCUAUCAGGGACUGUCAAAUGAGCAAGUCUUAAAGUUUGUCAUGGAUGGAGGAUCACUUGAUCAACCAGAAAACUGUCCUGCAAGAUUACACAAUCUUAUGCAGAUGUGCUGGCAGUAUAACCCCAAAAUGCGACCCACUUUCUUAGAAAUUAUUGACAUGAUGAAAGAUGACCUUCACCCCAUUUUCCAAGAGGUCUCCUUUUACUACAGUGCAGAGAACAAGCCACCUGAGCCUGACGACCUGGAAAUUGAUUUUGAAAAUAUGGAGAGCACACCUUUGGAUCCUUCAUUCUCUUCAGGGAGGGAAGAAGGUCUGCGGUCAUCUCGGGGAAACGUUUAUGAGGAGCAUAUCCCAUACACGCACAUGAACGGAGGUAGAAAAAAUGGACGCAUCCUGUCUCUACCGCGUUCUAGCCCGUCCUAACAUUUGGUAUCUUCUCUGAAUAUAUAUCCACCCUCCAUCAUAUCUCAGGACAGAACUGUACCCAUGGCUAUAACAUCAAAACAGCAAAGCCCUCUUGAGGUUUUGAAUGUUUCAUUGUCCCAUGAGGUUCUCAACUUUAUUAUUGUCUUGUUUUUUUUGUUUUUGUGUUCCCCCCCCCAUAUUUUUUCUGUCAGUUAUGAAAGACUAUCAGCAGGGCAAAACUGUGAAUGAAUAAGGGGGAAGAAGCCUCCCUUCCUCAACGCAUGCUUACAUGAACAUGCAUAUUUAUUUCCAGUGACUUCUUACCAGCCAUAUAACAUAUGAUCCAUUUAAAUCACCUCACCUCCCUUUAGGAAAAGAAAUGUACGGCACCGAAGUGGGAACGAAGUAAGGUGAAGACAUAUUUUUAAAGUAUCUUAAAGCACACACACACACCAAAAACAAGCAUGAAGCUGAAGUAAUAGAAGAAGCAAAAUAGAAGACGAAAAAAGUACACAUGUAUCUCUGGAGAACUGGGGUUUUGCAAUUGAUGGAUCUGUAUCUCUAUUGUUGAGCUAUUAGUUCCCAUGUACACUUUGGCUGAAAGUUGACUUUGGCGGUUAAACCUAUUGUUUUCUUUGUGAAGCAAUAGGGUAAUCUAAAUAGAGACGUUGGUAUGAGAGUCCAGGAACCCAGGACUAGCCCAGACAUACCUCACACGCAAAGGGAGGACUUCCCUCAACUUGGUGCAGUUCUGUUGUCCUACCCUACCGGUUUUUCUCUGACAUGCUGAGAAGAUUCACUAUGGAUAGAAAGCCCUUGUUGAACUUAAUUGUGGUGUACAAAACUGGGCUUCUAUAAUGGUAAAUCCACAAACCCCUGAUCUACAAUUAACAAGCAAAGUUUACCGUUGAUAAUUUUUUUAAGGAGGGGGAACAAUUCAUCAACCUGUUGGCCAAACCUGAUCUUUUGCGUGUGUGUGUGUGUGAAGGGGCGGUGGGUCAUUGUUUUUGGUUAUAAUUUUUUUAAUUAGACCAAAAAAGGAGGAAGAUCGCAUAAUGUCCGCCUCCUUUUCAAUCUAGAGAUGUUUGAAAGUCUUUUUUUUUUUUUUAACAUGGCCAGGGGGAGGUAGGAGUUAAAGCUUUUGUGUCAGAUAUCCAGUAGUUAAUUGAAAUUUCCUUGUAUUAAUCGGCUAUGCUAUGUCUACAAAUUUAAACCAGUAUCUUACCUCUCAUAUUGCCAGAAGUGGUAAGAACUGGCAGCUAAGGGGUUACAUCUGGCACUAAUUGCUCUUGUGCUCCAUGCCAACACUUGCUUUUUAAGAUCAGAAUGCCCCUUGGUAAAUGUACUAUGCAGAACUAUGAUUAUAUAGGAUUUUAGGCUUUUCUCUCAAUUGUAUGGCCCAUUCUCAUGGCUCAUAAUCUCCUUUCUAAUUUGUUGACAAGACAACACAUUGAUAUGCUAGGCUAUUUUUCUGCCUUUGUCUAAUAUCGUUUAGUGAAGAGACACAGUAAAUUAUUAAUUAUUAUAAGGCAGAUUAAUUAAUUGCCUCCAUCUCCUGCCACCUGUGCCUUUUUUUUUUUUUUUUGUAAUGUGUGUGUGUGUUUUUCUGUAUACAGAUGUCAGUGUAAUUAAUUAUGUCUGAGACUUUAACUGUGAAAGGAAGUAUGGCUGCAGAGUAGUAAAUCUACAAGAAAAGAAAAAAAAAAGAGAAUUAUUUUUGUAUCUGUAUAUGCCAGAACUUAACCCUUUCUCUGCCAUUGCAUUUUUAGAUUAUUAUUUUUCUUCCUGUAGCUCCACUUCCUUUACAUAUCAUUUCUGUAUAUUACCUAUUCUGCUUAUCUCACGCUGUGAUUGAUCCUCAGUGCUCUAUGUAACUAUCAGUAUAGCUCCCUCAUUGCUCUAUACCUUAUGUCUCUAAUUCCUCCUAUAACUCCAUAUCACCCCUAUAUAACUUAUUUCCAAUCAUGACCCUCUGUAUAAUUUACUGUUUCCUUUUUAUUAUCUGCUCAUAGUUAGGUGUAUUAACCCCCCCAUUCAUUUCUUGUCCUAAACUCAUUUUUAUUUUUCAGUUACACUGUGGAAGGGUUAAUAUCUGGCAGGUUUAUAUUCUACAGGUUUGCUCUCAUGCUGAAUGAGGAUGGGUGGUUUUAUCAAAAGAUCAAGAGCCUGUUGUGUAUUAUUUCAUCUACAUUUGUGAAAAUUAGAACUUUAUUUAUGUUUUCAUCAGGGGGAGCCAGUGACUUGCCACAGUACUUUCAUAUUUCAUAUUUUAGCAGCCUAAAUAUAGAUCAUGUAAAAUGAGGAGGGAGAGAGUCCAGGGGGAUAGAGAGAUUUUAAUGAAAUCAUUGCUGCUAUAUAUAACAAGGGGAGGUAUUUAUACCACUCCCAUCAACCUGAAGCUUCUCAUGCCAAAAAAGGGGACACUAGCCAGCCCAUUACUUGGCAUGUAAGGGUUUCAUUUGUGACGAGGGUCCGUUAAAAUAUCAUCUUGGAUUAGAUGCCUUAAAUUCCCCCAAAUGUACUGUCUCCCGCUGGUCUCAAAAUAUAUUUUAUAAAAACCAAUCCCCUCAAUACCCAACACUAAACUGAACCUUUUAGUUCUGAUUUUUUCAUGUUGUAUCUGAUUUCACAGUGCCUACAAUCUCUUCUUUUAAAACUCUAUUCCCUCUCAUGAAUUUAACCGCUUUUCCACCAUAGGAGAGAGACACAACCAAUAGCAACGAGAGAGUGGGAAAAAUAAUACCUGUUUAACAAAAAAACACUACACAUUUAGGGAAAAUGCUAGAAAAAAAAACAUUAGUAAAUAUUGUCAGUCUUUUGUAACUACAGAUUUUUCUUAUUAAUAGAAAAUUGUAUUUAUUUUAAUAUAAUGAAGAUCACUGUACAGACAUUUAAUUAGCUUUCGUAGUAACAAAAAAUAUCUUUAUCUCUCUCUCUCUAUAUAUAUAUAUAUAUAUAUAUAUAUAUUUAUAUAUAUAUAUAUAUAUAUAAUAAACGCAUGUAAAUCUUUUUUUUUUUUUUAAAUAAUGGAUAUGGAGUUGGAGGAUCGAUUUUUAAUUUUAUUUUUUAAUUUGUGUAUUUUGUGUGUUUGUGUUAGCACACUAUCUACCUCAGUAUUUUAUGUAAGAAUAAGAUUAACUCCUGCUAGGGUGGGAGAGUAGGGUUAAAUGAACGCAACCCGUUGGGUUUUCUUACAGAUUAAUACCUUCAAAACACACAGAUUCAGGCAGAUGUUAAAAUUUGGUAUGGCCAAGAGCAGUCACGUAACUCCUUCUCAGAAACCUUCUUUUAUAACAUCAUUCCCUCCUUUUGGAGUACUUUAUUAUUCUUCUAGCUUAAUAAUGGUUCCACCAAAUAGAAUCGUGGUUAUAUCAAACACAGUAAAGUCAUUGUUUUCUACUGGAAAAGUGGCAGCACCUAUCUGACCUUUGGAAAACUGCUCAAUCUACUGAGGUUUAUACUCACAUUUAAUGACUAAUUUGAUGCUGUAUAAUCUAUUCAGGAUGAGUUGGAGUUGGAUUAUAUGAUACAAGUCUGCUGGCUCUCAAAUAGUAAGCCAGUUUUAACAGUUAACUUUUUUUUUUUAAUUCGGUACCAGCAAGACAUUUUUUUUGUGAAUCAGUGAUCAUUUUUUGACCGUGAAGUGUUUAAAUUAUGAGUUUUUUGCGAGAGCAAGAAAAUAAGUAUAUGUAGUAAACAUGCUAUUUUUUGUGUCCUAGUCCCGAAUCUGAUUAUGGCUCUAAAACUUGUGAAUGUGAAAUUCCACCAUCUUGGUUUUUAUUGGCUGCGAUUGUAGAGCUUAAUUCAUUAUAUUUAUUUAAUGAAUCCAUGCUAUAUAUGACCAUUUAUGCUUUAACUGAUGGUAUAUAUUAUGGAUUUUAAAUAAAUGUAUAUUUUUUAUUUUUUAAAGAAAGUUAUCACAAUUUUAUACAAACACUAUCAAAAAGAUUCACCACCUUGGGGUUAGAAGACAAUAAGGUCUGCAGUGACUGCAUCAGUUUUUAAGCAUUUCUUUUCCCUUUAUUAUUAUUUUUCCCUUUACUAUUAUUAUUUUUCCCUUUAUUGUUAUUAUUAUGUUUCCCUUUGCUUUAUUAUUAUUUUUUUAACUUUAUUUCUACUUAUCAUUUGAAAUUGUUUACUUGCACAUUUUUUAGAGCCCUCUUAACACCUAUGAGUGUUGAUACAUUUAGCAGAUCCUGCCCAACCAUAUGCCUUCUAAUCGCUGCCUUCUUUGUGUUUUUACAGUACUAGAAUGCUUAGGCAAAAGUCCUAGCCUAAAAUAUUUCCAGCCCAACAGAGGGAUAAUCUAACAUUGCGUUAAACUGUGAAGAUCUGGAUUUUUUUUUUCUUAGCUUCAACCAGCUGUUCUAAGUGAACAACUUUAACCUUUUAGAUGCCAGAGAGGAUUUGUAAAUUUUUUGCACCACAUUCCCUCUCUUACAGCUAAGGGGGCUGUUAGCUAACCCUAUAAGCAAACCGUUAUGUUGGUUAGCUGUGAAUCGGGAUUUGGUUUCUAAUUGUUAGUUAUUUUUAUUAUUAUUAUAAUUAUUAAUAUUAUAUUAUAAUGUCUCAUUAAUUAUUGUCUUUUUAACUGAAUUAUAACACGUGUAUCCUCCAGAGCUCGGUAAAUGUGUAAGUGUGCUGUGGGGGACUUGCAUGCUCAUCAUCCUGUCAGCUCUAUUAGACAGGAUAUAUAAACGUUCCAAGCAGCAGUACUGUCUCAGCUUCUAUUCUUUUUUUUUUCUCUACUUCACAAUGAAAUACAAUAUAUAGAUUUAUCAAGCUGAGGUGGACAGGGGCGCAUAUACACACCCCUGUCUGCCGCAGCUCGCCUCUGGCGGGGAGAAUUUCCCCAGAGGAAUUUACCAUUGCACUGGAGCGCCAUUUUGCACUCGCGUGCAAUCCCGCCCCCUGCCCGCGCACAGCCAAUCACGCGCGGGCAGGAGCUGUCAAUCUCCUCUGUCGGACUAGACCGCAGAGAUUGAUUUUCGCCACCUUGGAGGUGUCGAAAGGUUAGGAAAGCAGUGGUCUUGUGAGAACCUGCAGCUGUAGUUGCUCAAAGGCUGGUGAAAGCCUUUGAUAAAUCGACCCCAUAUUCUUUAUCAUUUGUAUUUCCUGUUUCAAGACCGUUUAGCAACCAUGUGGCUCCCUGAGAAACGUAGUUCCUUUUUAUCGUUUAUUGCCCUGUGCAGUAUAUGUAGUUCCCUAGUAUUGCAGUUUUUAUUCUUUUAACUGUCAAAAUAAUUUUCUCAAGUCCUUAGUAUUAUAUCUCAUAAUUUUUCUUUUUCUUUUUUUUUUAUAAUUUCUUUUUGGCAACACCCAAAGGGUAACAUUGAAGGGAAAGAUUUUUUUUUAUUUUCACUGGUAAUUGAAUAAAAGGCCAGCCUUUUAAUAGAGAGAAUCCACUCACUGUAUAAAAAGGAGAAGAUGAAGCUUGUAUAAGCAUCUAAGAUGUAUCAUGGACCUGCAUAUCUGUGACAACUCCAAUUACUGAGAGAGCUUCCGGUCUGAAAGUUCUGUAGGAUUUGGAGUUUGCUGAUUGUUGUUUCCCCAUUAAGCCACAGCUACAGUCACUACAGCUUACAGUACUGCUGCUUUUUAUUUAUUUGUUUUUUUAUUUUUGCUUUUGGAAUAGUUGCGCAGGGUUUGAGGACCUCCUUGGAUCAUCUCUCUUGAAGAGAUAUGUUAAGUGCUUGUGUUGUUGCGGUAUAAUUAAUGUGAAUGUAAUAUUUUUUCCGCGCCGGUUGAUAUUAGCAAUUUAGAAAAAUUAUAUUAUAAAAGCCAAUUACCUCUUGGAUCCUUAAUCAAAACUACAACAGUGUUGCUACUUGUGUUUUUUUCUGUUGUUAGGCUGAGUUCACCUGUAAUUUGAUGUAACUCCUUUCUGUAAGCAGGUAAUAAGGCACUUGAAUGGUCUGGUCUUAACGCAAAUUAAUAAUAAGUUUGUAACGUAUCAACUGCAGGGUCUGUGUUGCCUUUUAUAGUACACGCCUUUACCAAGCCUCUCUAUUGUAAACUUUAAAAGCUGUUGGGUGUGUAGUGCCGUUUUCUUUGUGCACUAACAAGCCGUUUUUGGUACUGAAAGAUAUCUCCCUAGUUAUCAUCUAGCUGUCAGGGGAAGAGUCAAAGAACAGUUUUAUGUUUUCCUUUACAAUGAAUUCCUGUUUUUAUGAUGCACCUUAUAAGAUUUAAAGAGACAGUCUAGACCCAAUACUUAGUCUUUAUGCAAGGGGUUCCACAUCUAUAAGCUUGUAAGAAGUACAUGAAGAUUUUAAAUAAUCAUCGUUUGUUAGCAGCCGAAAAUGGCCGCUAAGCUUCGCCCGCAGCUUUUUCUUCUUACCCAGUUAGCUGUUUCCUUGUAUGACAGUUUUAAUAUUUUUCAGUUAGCAAUUUCAAAUCGCACAUGCACAAAUCAACUUGUGCAAGUAGCAAAACCUAUUCGCAAGUCGAUCAUGAUUGGAGAAACUUAACAUAUAUACACGCAAUAGCUGGGCGGAGCCUGCUGGCCAUUUUCAGCGUCUAACAAACUAUGAAUAUUUAUAUGUUUAAUGUGCUUCUUACAUGCGUAUAGAUGUGGGACCAGUUGCAGGAUGCUUCUCUUGUAUGUAAUAAUAAGCAAUCAAAAUGAUGUAUUUGAUCUAAACUGCCCCUUUAACUUUCUCCCUUAUAAAGGGUUAAUGUAAACCCUUUUUUUCCUCUCCUGUGUCCUAAAAGGAAUAAAUGUGACAUCCAGUUAGGGUUGCCACCUUUGUUGAAAUAAUAAAAAGGGCCAAAAGUCAUUACUGAUAUUAAUUAAUUAAUUUCCAUGAUAAUCUUAAGCUGUUGAUCUAAAAUUAUUAUAUAUUUUAAAAUUGGUUUCCCAAAUAUUGCCAAUACUGGCCAAAACCUUAAAAUUACCAGCUACUAUUAUAAAAUAAAAAAUACUGACUAGGUGGCAACCCUAUGUCCAGUGAACCAGAGGGAGGUGCCACUAACGCUGAUAACUAUUUCCAAAAUGUAUGUAUAUUUUGUUUCUAAAAGUGAGCAAUUCUCCCCAUCUAAAUAAUUAGCAGGUGGGACAUUCUACAGAACCGCUUGGGGUUUAGGGAUGGGCUUGUUAUAAGCAUCAUGAAAAGCUGAGCCAAUCAGAGCAUGUGUCUAAAAAUACUAGAAAGUGUGUCUCUUGCAAUAUUGUGGUCCCCUUGUAACUUCCAUAUUAUGGAGGACAAAUAAAUGACUACCUAUUUACAUACCAACCUGAUAUGCAAAGGAUCUUUAUAAAAGUAUUGAGGCUAACUAACCCAAUUCCCUCCCACUCAUCAAAGUGGUGUGGGCACUUGUAUUUUGUUGUAUGUCAGUGCCCUUUUGUGCUGUUUAUUACGCUCUUGUCAUUCGUCCUAUAUUGCUUCUGAACAAUGUUGUUUUUUUCAUGAGAUGUGAUGCCCCCCACCCCACUUAAUUGCACCUGCAAACACCUUUCCACUUGGCACCCAAAUGUCAUCCAAUCUCAUGCAUUACCUUGCUCCCACUCAAAAUAGCACUUAUGUCAGUCCUUCACCCUCUAGUGACCAAUUCGACUUUAAGCUGGUGUUAGUAACACUGUGUGUGUGUGUGUGUGUGUGUGUGUGUGUGCCACGGUGUCACAGCUCCUAACAUGUUACUUCUAACCUUUUAAAUAACUCUAUACAGCUGUUAAAAACUAGCAUACCCACAACACAUUACACGUUCAUUGUUUUUGCUGAUUCCUUAGAAAAAAGCCAGGCCUUUUUUUUUCUUUUGGCUUGCUCAUACGUGUCUCAUUACAUGGUGCCAUCUGUCGCACAUGCACACAUAUAUACAUGCACUAGCUUAAAACUGAACUGAUACGGACUAGAGGGUUUAAAUAAAUAUAUACUGCAUUAACUGAUUUUAAUGUCAUAGUCCUGUAAUGUUUGACAUUGAAUGCAGUGUUCCUGCCAAUCAGUUAUUUUAUAAUGUCACUUUGUGUUUUAACCCCUUUGUUGCUUAGAGCAGUAAAUGGGUUAUUUGUGUUUGCUGCUUUUUUUGUGCUCAAAUCUAGAAAAAGAUGCUGUUUUUUAUCCCCUUCCCUCCCAUUCUCUCCCAUUAAAUACCUCUAGUUUUAACUUUUUUUCAUACUGGCAGAGGAAGACACGUGUGUCUCCUGCUGGCAGAUGAAGGGUUAAAAUUUUAUCUAAGGAUCAAAAAAAAAAUAAAAAAAAAUAUCUAUAUCCUAUGUGCCAUGAUUUAUGAAAAAGAAAAUUGAAAAUGUCAAAAAAAAUAUCCUAUAAAUAAUUAAAACAAUAUUUAAAAAUAAAAUGGGAAAAAGAAGAAAAAAAAAAAAAAAAAAAAAGCUCGGUUUAUUUUUUCAGUGUUUUCAUAUUAGAGCUAAAAGAGUCAUGUACAGAAAUAAAAUAUCAUUGACUAUUAAAAAGAAACUUGCUGUGUGUAAAUUAUUCAACAAUUAACUGUUUAUAUAAAAAAUUAUGAAAUAAAUUUAUCCAAGAGAAAA